AUGCAAUUAUCAUCAGCUAUUUUAUCAACAUUGGCUUUGUCCAUAAGUGCAAUUGAAGCAUUACCGAUUGGAGAACAACAAUACUCAUUGAAACCAUAUAGCCAAAAUGCUCUUGAUCAAUACAACGUGCUUAGAUUCAUCGGUGCUGCUUCUCCAUAUGUUCAAAAUCCAGGUUAUGGUAUACAAAGGGAUGCUCCAUAUCAAUGUAAAGUUACACAAGCAAAUUUAAUCUCAAGACAUGGUGAAAGAUAUCCAACUACAGACUUAGGUAAAGAAAUAAUUGAAAAUAUCAUAGAGCUUAAUGUUAAGGAAAUUAAAGGUCCUUUAAGUUUUUUGAAAGAUUAUCAAUUCAAAGGUCUUGAUAAAGAUGAAUUUGAAAAUGAAACUAGUAAAGGUCCUUAUUCAGGGUUAUUAGAUCAAUAUAGACAUGGUACUCUUUUUAGAGAGCAGUAUGAUGAUUUGACAUUCAUAGAUGAUAUCAAGUUCUUUACAGCUAGUCAAGAAAGAGUUGCAGUUUCUGCAAAGCAAUUUGCUAAAGGAUUCUUAGGUGAAGCUUAUAAUGAAAGUCUUGUUGUUUAUCUAGAAGAACAUGAUCCAAAAUUAGGUGCAAAUACUCUUACACCUGUUAAUAGCUGUAAAUAUUAUGAUAUUGAUUCAAAUCAAGAUAAAAUUGAUCAAUUAUCAACUUCAUUCUUGAAUAAAACUGCUGAUAGAUUAAAUGGACAAAAUGAAGGUUUGAACAUUUCUUCAAAAAUUGUUAAAUCAUUAUUAGAUUAUUGUGGAUUCGAAUUGAAUGUUCAAGGAACAACUCAAAUUUGUGACAUUUUCAAUAAUGAUGAAUAUUUAGCUUAUUCAUAUAUUUAUGAUUUGACAUAUUUUUAUCAAUAUGGUACUGCAAAUAAUCUUUCUACAACUGUUGGUUCAACUUAUGUUGAUGCAUUGAUUAGAUUAAUUAAAGAUGACUCCAAGAAAUUGACAUUAUCAUUCGCUCACGAUACAGAUAUUUAUCAUAUUGUUGCAUUAUUAGGCCUUUUCGAAACUAAAGAUUUACCAACAGAUCAUCAAAGUUUCAAUCAUUUAUGGAAAAUUUCCAACAUAGUUCCAAUGGGUGCUAGAUUAAUCACUGAAAGAUUAGAAUGUGAAGGUUAUGAUGAACCUUUUGUCAGAUUUGUUCAUAAUGAUGCAGUGUUACCAAUUGAAGGUCAUUCAGAAGGCCCAGGUUUUAGUAUCUCUUUAAGUGAUUUUGAAAACUUUAUUAAUGAUAGAAUGGAUGGUAAAAAUUUUGCUAAAGAUUGUGAUAUUGAAGAUGGUGCACCUGAUAAAUUAACAUUCUUUUGGGAUAAUUAA